GCAGAUAGCUAUAAAAGGGCUGAGUAAAUCAAUUAACUCGAUGGUUUUCAUGGAGAUCUCUUGAUAUAAAAGCUUCUUUUUUGAAACACGUGUCUCCUCUGAUCCUGUGAAGAUGAAAAUUGACAUCCAUAGUCAUAUUCUACCAAAAGAAUGGCCAGAUCUAGAAAAGAGAUUCGGCUAUGGAGGCUGGGUGAAACUUCAACACCACAGCAAGGGAGAAGCAAAGAUGGUAAAAGAUGGCAAAGUCUUCAGAGUGGUCCAAGAGAACUGCUGGGAUCCCGAAAUUCGUAUUAGAGAAAUGGAUCAGAAAGGAGUGACAGUACAAGUUCUGUCCACCGUUCCCAUCAUGUUUAGCUACUGGGCCAAACCUCAUGAUACUUUGGAACUGUGCCAGUUUUUAAACAACGACCUAGCUGCCACAGUUGCAAGCCAUCCCCGGAGGUUUGUGGGUCUGGGGACAUUGCCCAUGCAAGCACCAAAGCUGGCCAUCAAGGAGAUGGAGCGCUGUGUAAAGGAGUUGGGCUUUCCAGGGGUCCAGAUUGGCUCCCACAUCAACACAUGGGACCUAAAUGAGCAGGAACUCUUCCAGUUCUAUGAAGUGGCAGAAAGGUUGAACUGUUGCCUGUUUGUGCAUCCCUGGGACAUGCAGAUGGAUGGACGAAUGGCCAAAUACUGGCUCCCGUGGCUUGUAGGAAUGCCUGCAGAGACCACCACAGCUGUUUGUUCAAUGAUCAUGGGUGGGGUGUUUGAGAAGUUUCCGAAACUGAAAGUAUGUUUUGCACAUGGAGGUGGUGCUUUCCCUUUCACAGUGGGAAGAAUCUCCCAUGGAUUCAACAUGCGCCCAGAUCUAUGUGCCCAGGACAAUCCAACUGACCCAAAGAAAUACCUAGGCUCCUUUUACACAGAUUCACUAGUUCAUGAUCCUCGAGCUCUCAAGCUGUUAAUGGAUGUCAUAGGAAAGUGAGUAACUUUGCUCCACCAUGACUCUCUGACAUGAUGUUCCCGCCUUGGAGUCAGCUGACCAAGGACUGAAACCUCUGAAACUGUGAGCCAAAAAUAAGUCUCUCCUUCUUGAAAUUGAGGAUAUCAGGUAUUUUGUUCCAGUGACAGGCAAAACACUGAUACCUACAUAUUCGAAGAUCCUCAGUGGAUGCCUAACACCACUGAUGUUACCAAAUCCUAUACAGAAGCAUUAAGACACUGUGGCAGUCAAUUUGAUAACGAAGAUGGCUGCUAAGUGACUAAUGGGGAUUAAUGGUCUGUAUAUACAGUACAAUGUGUAUAUGCUGUCUAAAGGGAUGUUUUAUUUCAGGUUGCACAAAGUAGGACAGUGCAAGAUUUUACCACACUACUCAGAAUGGCAUAUAACUUAAAACUUAUGAAGUGUUUAUUUUGGGCAUUUUCCAUGUAAUAUUUCUGAACUGUUAUAAACCAAGAGAAACUGAAACUAUGGAAAGCAAAACCUCAGAUAAGGGAUACUGCUAUAUCUGAUUGAGCUGUGUCUGUACAUUGUCUAGCCUCUAUGCUGUCCCUAUAGAGAUGAUAGCUAGCAGCUGGUUGUGACUAUGAAUUCUUUUGGGUGUGAACGGAAGGUGAUGGGGGAGUAUGUAAGUUAAAGGUACAAAGAAGAGAAGCUAAAAGAGUCUUUAUGGGUUCUGGACUUCAACCAAUGGAAGCAGAAAGGGGAAAGUAAUGGAGAAUUGGAGAAAGGGUCAUGCAUAUUACCUCCUAUGGAGCCUAGUACCUCCUAGUAUUCUUGGAAAUGGCACCACCAAGAGAAAACACCCUUGACCCAUACAAAGCCUACCCUGCAUAAUACAUCAGCAGUGAAGAAUUUUAUCAAUAUCUUUAAGCAAGUACCUAAGGCAAUACACAUUGGCCAGGGAACUGAAGCAGAAGAGGAAGAAUAUGGCAAGUGCCUCAUGGCAACUGGUAGAUAGAUGAAUUGGUGAGCACAUGUGAAUAUUCCUCUAGAAGGGCCCCUAGAAAAAUUGAGAGGGCACUUUGCAAAGGUAAUGGCACUAACAGCCUACAUUCAAAUUAUAAAGGCACGAAGUACCACAAUUUGGGCAUCAAAAGUAAAUGUGACUUCAUUUUACGUGACCUCACAGGCCAGAAUCUAGGACAUAGCAGCCAUAUAUAUUAAUAAUUUAGGGUUCUCUUUAAAAUAUUAAUGCUUCUGCAUUUUAGUUAUAUUCACAUUAGCAAAUUCUCUUUCAGAAGCAAUUACAAAAUCAAAAUGACUAAGGAAAGGCCUACCAAGACAUUUGGGCUACAAUGCAACCAGUCUAGAUUAGAGCAAGAGAGCAGAUUUCUGUGGAGGGUGGUAUCCAGUAAGGAAAAACAUUAAAGUGAUGGAUAAUUUGGUGUGUUUGAGAGUUGGUAACAAUUAUCUCCAGACAUUAGAUAAAUCUGUUAAUGCUUUAGGAACAAAUCAUACAUACAUUAAAAACUAAGAAAAGGAAAUAACUCCAAGAAAACAAUCUGUAUGGGGGCAGAUAAUCAUUGUACAUUAUUUGACUCAGCAGUGAACAACACUUACAUUAAUAGAAGUAUAAAUACUAAUUAUUGCUUUAACUAAAAAAACUCAAGUUAUACUGGGAAAUUAAAGUGGUUCAGAGUAGGGGGCUGGGGAUUUAGCUCAGCGGCAAAAGCAC